GUCUCAAUAAUCGUCGUGCUCCUAACAUCUCUCUGCUCACACUUUCGACCAACAGGAAAAAAAGCUCGAGAGAUCGAUCGAAGUCGAAUAUGGCGCAAGUCCCCAAUUUGGAUAACGCUCCCAUAAAUCUGAAAUCUCUGAGAGAUCAAUCACUGAAAGAACUGAUUACGAUUUUGAAGAACAUUAGGGGGAAAAAGUGUUUGGUAAUUGAUCCUAAGCUUGGCGGUUCACUCUCUCUUAUUGUACAGAGCUCACUUCUCAAGGAGCAUGGGGCUGAAUUGAGGCAUCUUAAUGCGGAACCAGUUCAAACUGAUUGCACGAAAGUAGUUUAUCUUGUCCGAGCUCAGCUUGACUUGAUGAAGUUCAUUUGCUCACACAUCCAUAAUGAUAUUUCUAAAGGGAUUCAAAGGGAGUAUUUUGUUUAUUUUGUCCCUCGUCGUGCAGUUGUAUGUGAGAAGAUACUUGAGGAAGAAAAAGUUCAUCACCUGUUGACUAUAGGGGAGUAUCCCCUUUAUCUUAUUCCACUGGAUGAGGAUGUAUUAUCAUUUGAAAUUGAUGUUGCUCACAAAGAGUACCUAGUUGACGGGGACACUACCUCCCUGUGGCACAUAGCAAAAGCUCUCCAUAAAAUCGAGUUUUCCUUUGGAGUGAUUCCAAAUGUGAGGGCCAAAGGGAAAGCAUCAGUUCGCGUUGCUGACAUUUUGAAUCGGAUGCAAUUGGAAGAACCUGUGAACACAUCUGAGAUGGGUGUGCCUGAAAUAAAUACUAUCAUCCUCUUGGACAGAGAGGUGGAUAUGAUCACUCCAAUGUGUUCGCAGUUAACAUAUGAAGGGCUGCUGGAUGAGGUAAAAGUGAUGUUCUUAGGAUUGCUAUGGAUCUGUAUAUUUAGGAAACCACGUUUUAUUUCUCCGUUUGAAAUAUCAAUUCAUUACCUUUGUAGUGACAAGUUGUUCAAAGAGAUACGGGACCAGAACUUUGAAGUUGUUGUCCAGGUUCUACGUCAAAAAGCAACUUCCAUGAAGCAAGAUUACUCAGAGAUGCAGACUACGACCCAGACAGUCUCCGAGUUGAAGGAUUUUGUCAAAAAGCUGAACUCAUUGCCGGAAAUGACUAGACACAUAAAUCUUGCUCAGCAUUUAACUACAUUUACAUCUAAACCUUCAUUCCUUGGCCGACUUGAUAUGGAGCAAACUCUUGUUGAGGCUGAAAGCUAUGAUAUAUGCUUUGAGUACAUUGAGGAGAUGAUCCAUAAGCAAGAGCCACUUAUCAAUGUUCUACGUCUUCUUGUCUUGUUCUCAAUAACAAAUUCAGGGUUGCCCAAGAAAAACUUUGACUAUUUGAGGCGAGAACUGCUUCACAGCUAUGGUUUUGAGCAUAUAGCAACCUUGAAUAAUUUGGAGAAGUCUGGAUUGCUUAAGAAACAGGAGACUAAAAGCAAUUGGAUAACAAUCAAACGUGCACUGCAGCUCGUAGUGGAGGAUAUUGAUACUUCCAAUCCCAACGAUAUCUCCUAUGUCUUCUCUGGGUAUGCACCUCUCAGUAUUCGCCUGGUUCAACAUGCAAUUCGAUCUGGGUGGCGACCGAUUGAAGAAAUAUUGAAGUUGCUGCCGGGUCCACACUCAGAUAUUAAGAGGGGUGGAUUUUCCAGCAGUCCAUCAUUGGACACAUUAAACGGGUCUUCGCAUGGCUCGGACAAAGUUGUUGAUGGAAGGCGCUCUUUGGUUCUUGUUGUUUUCAUUGGCGGAGUGACAUCUGCAGAGAUAUCUGCUCUUCGUUUCCUGAGCAGCCAGGAAGGGAUGGCAUAUGACAUAAUUGUAGCAACUACAAAAAUUAUCAACGGAAGCACAUUGACAGAAACAUUUGUGGAGAAAUUGGGAUGACUUGCUAAGUUUUAUUUGGUCGAUCAUCUCUGGGAAUCUCUGCUGCUUGCUUGAUAGGGAUGCAUAGUUUUUACUGCUGAAUUAUAUGUGAUAUGAGAAGAUUGAGUGGACUUACUGUUCCUAAGAUAUUUCUCUCGUGGCCAUUUCUCAACAUUUUUUCUGCACGGGUUUGUAGUUGUACGAACACCACUGUAUUAUCUUUGUUGAGGUAUAGGCUUAGAAUGCCCCGUGUGCUUCGAGUGGCAGCAGUCCUAUUUCCAGUAUUCGAGUGUUCUGUUAUCUAUAUUAUGUUUGGUUCUUUUGAGCAAUGUAAGAACAAGAUGGUGGAUUUAUUUGGUUUUUCUAUCUACAUUUUUCAGAACA